ACGCAUUACAGUGGUAAGAAGAAGCACGUGCUACAAAACUUAGGCAGGCGAAUAAAAAGCAAACAAAUUGAAUUUGUUGAAAGCAAAAGCGGCAAAAAGGCAUCCAAUUGCACCAUCUAUUACAACCAAACACAGGCGCCAUCAUCGGCCAUAGAAAAAUAUAUUUGCAGAGUCCAGCAUUGAGUGAAAUUGAAAAACGGAAUUAAGUUACGCCAUGGUGCCCAUUGGAGCCGUUCAUACCGGCCAUCCCGGCGUUGUGCAUCAACAGCAGCAGCAACAGCAGCCGAUGCCAACGGCGCCUAGUGGACCAAACACGCUGCAGCCAUCCGUGUCAUCGACUUCGACGAACACAACGUCGAACAAGAGCUCGAUGUCGGUUAAGCCCAAUUAUACGCUCAAAUUUACACUUGCCGGUCACACCAAGGCCGUCUCCGCCGUAAAGUUUAGCCCAAAUGGUGAAUGGCUUGCCAGCUCGUCUGCCGACAAACUCAUAAAGAUCUGGGGCGCCUAUGAUGGCAAAUUCGAGAAAACCAUUUCGGGCCACAAGUUGGGCAUUAGCGAUGUGGCCUGGUCUUCUGACUCACGGCUUUUGGUCAGCGGCAGCGAUGACAAAACGCUCAAAGUCUGGGAGCUGAGCACCGGCAAGAGUCUGAAGACGCUCAAGGGUCACAGCAAUUAUGUCUUCUGCUGCAAUUUCAAUCCACAGUCGAAUCUGAUUGUGUCUGGCAGCUUCGACGAGAGCGUACGCAUUUGGGAUGUGCGCACAGGCAAAUGCCUGAAGACGUUGCCCGCUCACUCUGAUCCCGUGUCGGCAGUGCAUUUCAAUCGUGAUGGCUCGCUGAUUGUCAGCUCCAGCUAUGAUGGGCUCUGUCGCAUUUGGGACACGGCCAGCGGACAGUGCCUGAAGACGUUGAUCGAUGAUGACAAUCCACCCGUUAGCUUUGUCAAAUUCUCCCCCAACGGCAAAUACAUACUGGCCGCCACCCUUGACAACACACUGAAGCUAUGGGACUACUCCAAAGGCAAAUGUCUGAAGACCUACACGGGUCACAAGAACGAGAAGUAUUGCAUAUUUGCCAAUUUCUCUGUAACUGGCGGCAAGUGGAUUGUCAGCGGCAGCGAGGACAACAUGGUCUACAUAUGGAAUCUUCAAAGCAAAGAGGUAGUACAAAAGUUGCAAGGACACACGGAUACCGUCCUCUGCACCGCCUGUCAUCCCACAGAAAAUAUCAUUGCAUCGGCUGCGCUGGAGAAUGACAAGACCAUCAAGCUCUGGAAGUCCGACACAUAGGGUGCGGAUGGUGUCUUGUAACAGCAGCACACACACACAAAAUCACACAUACACAUUUCUUUAAUAAUCUUACUUUAAAACUAUUUUUAACUGACCCUUUUUUUUUUAAUUUAAAAAAAGUCAUCUAAAAACGCGAUUCAGCAGAAAUGGAACAUUCUAAGUUACAAUUGCAACUAAUUGAUUGCAAUUAUGUAUAUUUAAAUAUUUAUUAGCUAAUGUAUUGGCCACUUAAAAAACAAAAACAA